UCAGGCACUUGUACACCAAUCCCAAGCUGCUGAAACUUUUGUCCUGCCUGGUGCCACGUGUGUAUGCCCUGGAUUCAGAUCACAAAACUGCAACAGGGCCCUCCACAGUCACCAGACCUCACAUCAAUGCACAAACCAUGUUUCAAAUGUGUGUCAGCCACACAGCAUUCCUCAGUGUCAUGAUGUCACAGGAGAACCUGUUGGCUAAAGGUCAGCUGGGACUCUCAGUUUAUUAGUAGAAAAUACCUUGGCUGGACUUUGAUGAAAGAGAGCCCCCUUUUCUCUCCCCUCCCAGCUUCACUCCCCAUUUCUGGAAUUAGAUAAAUAUUUUUUUGUCAUGAUUCUGAAUUUUCAGAUUUUCUGUCUAUAUAUGUGUGUGCCAUUAAAGAACUGCAAAAAAAUCUGCAAUUAAACAAAUAGUCAUUUCUUUGUAGUGGGUUAUUUCCCAUUGACUUAGACUUUCAUGAUGGGAGCUCAGGCAUCAAUUAUUUUAUUAGUAUUAGUGUAACUAAAUUGAUUAGAUAAUGAAUGCUUAAUGUCAGAUAUUUUUUUUUAGUAUUAACUUUGUGUUUAUUCAUACUUGGUUAGAAAUUCAAUUUAAACAAAACUUUUUCUUUAUAUUUUUUCUAGAUGAGCUGAUUGACUUAUUGUAUGCCCUUGGUGACCUUGACCCUUCUGUUUACAAGUCACAGCUCAGUAAAGUUUUUGUUGGUGCGUAUGGUGCCAAACUUUCUAAAGCAGGUGAGUGAAAUAGUUUUCGUUUGAAAAAAUUAUUCACAUUCUAUUUGAUUUAAAGUAUUAUUAUAAGAGAUGAAAAAAAAUUGUUCUCCAGUAUUCUCCAUUUCAAUUUUGGUAACAUGGUAUUAGAAUUCAAGGUCCACCGCUAAAAUUGAAAACAAAAAUGUUUAUCUUUAUUCAGAUUCACCAUGUUUGUCCCUCAAAUUUAUUUUAAAUCGCCCAAAUUCAUCAGCAUUGCUACUUUUUGGUUAAAUGUCAUUAAAAAUGUUAACAUUGCAUUUUUUUUUUAUAGAUCAAAGACUGCUCAUUAUGAUUGAAAAAUGUAGCCAAGAUUCUGAGAAGAAAUUUGAAUGGUGAGUUGUUGAGGAAAAAUAAUAUAAACAACUAGAGGGAAGAUCUGUGUUUAUUCUAAAAUACACCCUAGACAUGAGCUUUGAAUAACUAAAAUCACCCCUCAUAUAGUUGGAUUGGUUUCUAUCUUCAUAAAAAUAAAUCCUGUCAUUUCUUCCCCCCCCCCCCAUCCUGUCCAGUCCAACUCUGUGGGGGAAGUCAGCCCUGGAACAUGACCCAGUUUCCCAGGUCCUGGGCCCAAGUUGUGUUUAUUCUAAAAUACACCCUAGGCAUGAGCUUUGAAUAACUAAAAUCACCCCCCAUAUAGUUGGAUUUGUUUCUAUCUUCAUAAAAAUAAAUCCUGUCAUUUCUUCCCCCCCCCCCCAUCCUGUCCAGUCCAACUCUGUGGGGGAAGUCAGCCCUGGAACAUGACACAGUUUCCCAGGUGCUGGGCCCAAGUCUGGACAAGGAAGCCUCAGUCAAGUCCGUGCUGGAACAAAUCGACCCAGCGUGCUUGCAGGACUCAGUUCUAAACUUCCCUGUCAGGAGAGCAUUUCUGGUCAGUUAAUUUGUUGUCUUGUUGUCCAUUUAUGAUGAAACGAGAAACAAAUUUUUCUGUGAGAUGUACAUGAUAUGUUUCUAUUGGCUACAUUUCUUUGACUUUAAAAAAAAAAAAAAUUGGUUCUCACAGAGUUCCCGGAUUCUUGAUGCAAGCGACUUCAAGUCAAAGCCUGAGUGCUACGACCCAAAUUUUUUGUUGCGUCUUUUUGUGCAGAUUCUCUCACCAGGCAAGUCUGAGGAAUUAUUUUAAGUGAAUUUUUUUAAUACUGCACAUCCAUACUUCCAAUCAAGAAAGAAGCUGAAAGGCUUUAAAGACCAAAUCAUAAAUCGAUAAAAAAGUUAUUGCAAGAACCGUGUGAUGUGGAUUAUUAACAUUUAUAUGUUUACAAAAUAAGUCAAGCAAUAAGGAAUUGUUGUGUCCUACUCAUGAGCUUAGCUAAAAAAAAAAACAAACUAUUUCACAAUUUUAUUUAUAUUUUUACCAUUUUUCAGACAAACUUGUACCACUGCGAAUGUUUGUUGAACGCGGCUGUCUUAGUUAUCUCCUCAUUGCCUUGAGCAGCCAUGAUGCAACAAACCGUCUGCUGGCAUACCAAGCCCUGAAUGACUUCUACCUACAUUCGGACGGCUCUAGGUUGCAGGAGAGGGUGGAGGUCAACUUCAUGCUUGACCUCUUGAAUGCCAGCCGGGUCAAGGAUGGACAGAAGCUGUCAUUUGUCGUGGCCCUUUUCUUUGCCAGAGUUGUGAAACUCUUUAUGUAUCCAGGUCGGUGCUGACUUACAAAAAUCGUAUCAUUUUUAUAUUAAUAUAGUGAUCUCUGUUAAAAGAAAUAGUGAAGAUUUAUUAAAAAAAAAUAAUAUAUAAUUAAAUAUGUCUCCACUUUAGUUCACUGUUGUGAAAUUGGAAUCAGAAUAAUAAAUGUGUUUUAAGUACCAAUUCAUGUAUGAAACAUUUGCUUUUUAAUGACGCAGUCAGUUAAAAGAAAUAGAGAGGAUUUAUAAAAAAAUAUUCCUAAAAUAAUUGCCUUCUUUCUGAUUUGAUUUUAUGUAAUAAUUAAUACGUGUCCACUUUUGUCAACCAUUAUUACUUUUGAAAUUGGAGUCAAAAUAAUCAAUGUGUUUUUUAAGUACCAAGGAAACAUUUGCGUUAAUAAUGAAAUAUUCAUUUUAUUUCUUCUCUGUGCCAGUUUGUGUAAUGUAAAUAAUUUUUAAUAUGUUAAAAGCAUACAUUUAAAAAAGGAGUUGUGUGUCAAGGAAGAAUGUAUUCAUUAAAUCCAACGAACCAAAGCACAUAAUGUGUUAUAAAGUAUUAAAAAAACUUAAUUUGAUUUUAAAAAAAAAUAAUAAAAAAUAACAGUUUGAAAUAUAGUCUGAGCUUCUGGCUUUAAUUGGUUUUUAAAAUUGUUUUCUCUUUGAUUGUCCAACUCAUUUUUUUAAUCUUUUCAUCACUCUGUUCACAUGAACGCUAUAUUAAGCACCUGUUUUCACAAGAUAUCAUUGUUAACAGAGCCAAACUUUCUACUCUGCAGCUGAUCCCCUGUACAUGCCCAUCUUCCGUUUCCUCGUUGCUAAACCUGAAAUGGAUUUGUCCAAUGUUCCAGAGUUUUAUAAGCUGUUCUAUAGUUCAGGUGUACAGGUGAGUUUUAUCAGGUGCUCUUCAGUUCAGGUGUACAGGUGAGUUUUUUGUCAAUAUUGGCAAGAAGUAGAACAAAUGACUAUGUGAAAAUCAAUAAAUAAACUACCAGCAGGGCUGAAAGAAUAAAAGUUUCUUUUCUUAGGAUAAAGAAGGACAUGCCAUUUGCCGGAUUCUAGUGGCUCCAUCUUUGAGGGAAUAGUUGUGGCUCUGUUUACUAAUCUAUAAUAACAUGCGGUUCUCAAUAUAUCAUCUUAACAGAUGCAAGUUAUAAAAAUGGCACAGCACUCAAAGACAAGGUAGCCCACCACUGCUCUAGGCCAAUGGGUCACCUGCUGUUGUACAAUAUUCCAAAUAAUUGUACCAAAGUCUUCAUAUUGACUGUGUACUUGAUAAAUGGUAUGUUAAUAUUUUUGUAAUGAAUUGUGUGUAUAUUUAGUUAAACUUGUAGUUUUUUUUGGUAUAUCUUCAGUACAAGCAAGAGAGAAACUGGGUGCUGUCCCUUUUGUGUGACGGCAUGAGAGAGACGGCAGACUACUGGCUGUACCAGAAGAAGCACAUCUUUAAAAUUCUCAUGUGUUUCCACGACUCUGUUCUAAGUGACGUCCACUCACAGGUACAAGUAUUGCAGCAUUGGCAAAGACACACACAUGAUAUCAUUUCAGCACCUUGAGAAUGAGUGUUGUGGCUGCUUAAUCACUCUCUCUCACCCACCACGACCUUCAUCCACCCCUCACCUAACACUUUAUGAAAUCAUAUUAAGAAAUAAAUAGACAUGUCUGGCAACAUGACACGCUUCAAACAUUGCUUGUCACAAAAUGGCCUGCAAGGAGUCUGCAUAGCAUGCAUUAAACAUGGGUUGAAAGCUGGGGGCAUUUGACUUGUGGGUCUUUAACUGAUUAAAUGGCAAAUUUUACCUAGAGACAAUACUAAUAAUAUAUAUAUAUAUGUAUUGUGUCUUGUCUUUUGAACAUCAAAAUGAUGUGGGCAUCUGGUGGUUUAACCUUUUUUUUACUGAUGAUGUCGAGGCGAUGUCACGAUCACCCAAUUUUAAUUACCCAGGACGUCACAUUGUCGGCAUAACAAAGAGGCAAAGAACUUUUCUGAAAUACCGAGGACUUCACGGCCGACGUCAUAUUUCAAUGCCAUACAUUUCUUUAUUGGUUAAUCUAUUGAGAAGUUAAUGAUCAACAACGGAUUGAGAAUGAAGAAUACAGGAAGUUUCUUCUUUAAAUUUUUAAUUUGCUGAGCCAGCAAAAAUUGAUGCCCCCAAAACCUGCUGUAAUGAAAGGGUUAUGAUCAUUGAACCCUUUCAUUCCUGCUGGUUUUGGCAUCAUUACAUUUUUUUAUUGUAGAAUGUCCAAUUGGUUGUUUAAUGGAAUGAACUGAACUGUCAAAUUAUUUUCCUAUCUUGGGGUGUGUGUGUGGUAUUAUUCAAUGAGUGGGCCACGUACGCUUCAAUGUGGUGGCUUAUCUCCAAGGGAAGCCAUAAGGAAGUUGGCAGCCUCUGGCCACAUUUGCUUUAAUUAAGUUAUUGGACGGCACUGGAAAAUGAAUUUAAAAAUAAAUUUUAGCCUUCAUUCUUUCUAAGCUGCUUGUCAUUUAGCACAAUGGCUAGAAAAUCAAUACCUUAGCUCAUUUCUUUUAUCUUCUAAAUGUCAAUGCCUCUAUUGUAUAUUCAGUUUUUCUGCACCAAACCCAUGAGUGAAUUUCAUUCUUUUGAUCUUUUUUUCGAUCAGGGGUUGAUUCUUUCAGCUCUAAGAAAUGCCUGCAAGGAGAAAUUUGUUGCUGUUGACUUAGUGAAGAAUCAUGGACUGGUGUCUUGGCUACUCGGAGUGGUGAAAAAUUUGUACGUUUAAAUAAUGUUAAACUAAUAUUAACAUUUUUUUGUUGUUUUUUAAUGCCUGGUAAUGUGAAGUUGUUUUUGUUGUUGUUGAAAAGAAUGUAAUGGGUUUUAAAAUUCUGCUGUGGUUAAGUUCCCAAGGGGUAUUGUAAAUAAUAUGGAAAGGGAAAAAAAAAAGUUAAGCACAACAUCUGCGUAUUGAUCUCUUUCUCAUAAUUUUGUGAUACUAGGAUUAGUUAAAAUAAUAGUUAACAAGGGUUGAAAGUAAAUUUGUAUGUUAGAACAAACUUGGUUUUACAUUUAAGACUUAUUUAACAGCAUUUUAGUUAAACUUAUUUAACAGUAUCUUAGUAAAGCUUAUUUAACAGUAUCUUACUAAAACUUAUUUAACAGUAUCUUAAUAAAAUUUAUUUAACUGUAUCUUAGUAAAGCUUAUUUAACAGUAUAUCAGUAAAACUUAUCUCUUAUUUAACAUUAUCUUAGUAAAUCAUAUUCAACAAUUUCUUAGUAAAGCUUAUUUAACAGUAUCUUAAUAAAACUUAUUUAACAGUAUCUUAGUAAUAUUUAUUUAACAGUAUCAUAGUAAAAAUUUUUUAAAAGUAUCUUAGUAAAAUUUAUUUAAAAGUACCUUUGUAAAACGUGUUUGCUCGAAGAUUUCAUUCUCAGAAUAACUAGAGUUAUGCCCCUUACCUUAACCAAUUUUAAAGAAAAAAACAACAAUUUAUCACCACAGGGAUUAUCGACCACAGCACACUGAUCUUGUUUGUGACAUUGUUCACACUCUCUGGAUCAGUUUGACAACAUCAAAAUACGUCGUUGGCUCCCAACGGAACCAAUCAUCACUGAACGACAGCAGUGUGUUGAAUGUGAAUGUUAGUCUGGAUGAGAGCAAAGCAGUGGGCAGGAAGGCAUCCAUUAAAGAUAAAACGAAGAAGGCCAACAAAGUCCCAGCUAAAGUAGAGAAGAGGGAGGGAGAGAGCAGCGAGGUGAAUGGAGAGAACCGUGAGGAAGAUGGAGAGAACAGUGAAGAGAAUGGAGAGAGCAGUGAGGAGGAUGGAGAGAGCAGUGAGGAGGAUGGAGAGAGCAGCGAUGAGGAGGACAGUAAUGAGAGCUCAGAGGAAGAGGACAUGUCAGGAACAGAAGAAGCUCAGACAGAGAAAAGAGAAGACUCAGUGGUUGGAAAGAAGGAUGAAUUGGUCCAUCAGCAGCCGAGUCCCAGGGCGACAUCUGUCCCGAAGUCAACACAGGUUGAGAUGGGCUUCAUUGUGAAAAAUUUGAUUUGCCACCUGAGGUAAGAUGGAUAAAAAAAAAAACAACAGCGAAAAACUAAUACCCUUUUUUUAAGUAUCAACUUGAUAACAAAUUUUUUUUUAGCUCAAUGCAAGUAAGCCAUCAUAUUCAACACUCCAUGUUGAAAUGCAGGAUCACUAUACUUCACUGUAUUAUUUUAUUACAUUUUUGUACAAUUUUUUAAAUGGAGGUUAAGUGGUUUUAAUUAAAUUUUUUGAUUUCAUUUGAUGAAAAUCACUGUGAAUUUUGUUUUAACUCGUACAAAACUUGUUUUCUUAAGUUUGAGUGAGUUUAUUAUUCUAAUAAAUGAUGGGACGGAUAAGAUUAGUUAUUAGAAUAUCUUAUUCAUCUUUUUGAGUAAAAAAAAAAAAAAAAAAAUGCAGUGCCUGAUACCCUCUGAGAGAGGCCAGGGCCACAUAACAUAACAUUUUGAAGCCAAAAAAAUAAUCAAUCAAUAAUAAAUUCGUACAAAACUUGUUUUCUUAAGUUUGAGUGAGUUUAUUAUUCUAAUAAAUGAUGGGACGGAUAAGAUUAGUUAUUAGAAUAUCUUAUUCAUCUUUUUGAGUAAAAAAAAAAAAAAAAAAAAUGCAGUGCCUGAUACCCUCUGAGAGAGGCCAGGGCCACAUAACAUAACAUUUUGAAGCCAAAAAAAUAAUCAAUCAAUAAUAAAUUUUUUUGGGGUCUUUUUUCUUUUUAGCAAUGUUUCCUCUUUGGACAGUUUGACGAAGAUUCUGGAAGUCCUACAUUCAAUGAUUUCAAGGUCAGGGGAUUCUGAAACCCAAGAUGGAAUGCACAAAAUUUCCCACACGCCCACAAAUCAAGAUCAUUCAUUCUCAAGCCAACACCCCAUGGGAGAUAAUGCAGAUGCAUUGCGUCUGCUGAAUCUCUCACCCAAUGAGACCUGUCUUCUCCUGUAUCACACGGCAAAAAAAUUACAAGAAGAAAUGACGGCAAGGGCAGCUGAAGACCUACUGAAAAGCAGAGGUGUGGCGAUCGGUCUGGUCGCCAGGCAACCAAACAAGAAGUCGUCAAAGCCUGAGACCCAGCCCCACAAGGCUGACAAAGGAGAGACGACGGUGGAGGGGGCCGGAGCUGAAGAUAAAGACCACGAAGAUGCUUUGAGUAAAACUCUGAACGAUGAGACGUUGUUGGUGAAGCAGGGGAAACCUGGGCAUGACGUGAAAAAUGUGAAAGUUGAAGAGAAGAAAAAGCUACUCAAGUUAAUGUCCAGCAUUGCCAGCUUGACGGGGACCCUGCAGAUGGUUUGAGCCCCUGCAGAUGGUUUGAGACCCUGCAGAUGGUUUGAGACCCUGCAGAUGGUUUGAGCCCCUGCAGAUGGUUUGAAACCCUGCAGAUGGUUUGAAUAGUUAUUGCAUUUGAUUUAUUUGGCAAAAUUAUUUCAUCCUGCUCAGUGAUUAUAGCCAUUUGGUUUAAAGGG